AUGAGCCGGAGGAAUGGCCCAAAGCUCGACCUGAAGCUGAAUCUUUCUCCACCUCUUUCUCAAGCCAGCCAGAUGAGUCUCGUUCGCUCUCCGAGCCGAUCCAACACGACUUCACCGAGCUCAUGCGUUUCCUCUGAAACGAACCAGGAGGAGAUCGACACAACAACCUCAAUGGUCCUUGUGGGUUGCCCUCGCUGCCUUAUGUACGUUAUGCUCUCUCAAGAUGACCCAAAAUGCCCAAAAUGCAAAAGCACCGUCCUUCUCGACUUCCUCCAUCAAAACGCCUCCGCCGCCGCUACAACCGCUCCCGCCGCAACAUCUAAACGCAAUAAGACCUGGUGGAAAUGA